AUGUACCCACAUUGCACCCACAAUGUACCCACAUUGUACCUACACUGUACCCAUACUCCACACUGUACCUACUGUGUACCCACACUGUACCCACACUGCACCCACAUUGUACCCACGCUGCACCCACACUGUACCUACAAUGUACCCACACUGUACCCACACUGUACCUAUUGUGUACCCACACUGUACCUACUGUGUACCCACACUGUACCCACACUGCACCCACACUGUACCCACACUGUACCUACUGUGUACCCACACUGUACCCACACUGCACCCACACUGUACCCACAAUGUACCCAUACUGUACCCACACUGUACCCACACUGUAUCCACACUGUACCUACACUGUACCCACACUGUACCCACACUGUACCCACACUGUUCCCACACUGUACCCACACUGUACCUAUUGUGUACCCACACUGUACCCACACUGUACCCACACUGUUCCCACACUGUACCCACACUGUACCUAUUGUGUACCCACACUGUACCUACAGUGUACCCACACUGUACCCACAAUGUACCCACACUGUACCCACACUGUAUCAAUUGUGUACCCACACUGUACCCACACUGUACCUAUUGUGUACCCACACUGUACCCACACUGUACCCACACUGUACCCACACUAUACCCACACUGUACCCACAUUGUACCUACACUGUACCCACACUGUACCCACACUGUACCCACACUGCACCCACACUGUACCCACACUGUACCCACACUGUACCCACACUGUACCUACACUGUACCCACUGUGUACCCACACUGUACCCACACUGUACCAACACUGCACCCACACUGUACCCACACUGUACCCACACUCUACCCACACACUACCCACACUGUACCCACUGUUCAAGACACAAAUAUUGUAAGACGAUUAUUUCUAAUCGUAUACAUUGAAAGGUUUUUUUUUAAAAAGUUCUUUCAGAUAGUAAUGUAGAUGUACAGCAGGAACAUGUUUUUAGAAGCUCACAUGAUGGACAGAGUCGCUUUAGUUGUUUGUAGUCUGUUUGUCCGUCAGGCAAUUUUUUCAGUAAAUAUCUAAAAAAAUAACAAACUAACAGAUACAAAAGCUACUUAAAAUCAUAUUUUUUAGCAUUAUUAUUAUGUUAUUUUUUUAUGUUUUAGUUUUUUAAUUGAAAAGUUUAUUUUUUAAUAUGCAAGUCUUUUUAUUGUAACAGAAUAAAGCCACUUUUAAAACCAUUAACGUAAGGGAAAUUACGGUACUAUAUCAAAAAUUUACAGUUGUACAUUCUAUAAUACAUGAAACAAUUAUAACUAUGCUUUAUUUAUAUGGAUAGCCCUUGAGUUCAUUCAACAGUCACAUAGGUUCAUUCCAGAUGCCAGGAAAGGCUUGAGGGCCUUGGUCAAACUAUCUGUCCGAAGAGCCCUUAUAAACAAGAUCAUUUUGUCAUAUAAAUAAAUCUCAUUGCUAACUUGUAAAGAAUCAGGCAGGCGUAAAGCAGAACCUCGCACUUUGGGUGUAAAUGAUCGCAAGCAAUAUUGCUUUAACAAUGAUAGCUUUACGUUUUUCCUUUAAAAUGUCUAUCUACAAUGGCGGACACGUCGUGUCUUUGUAAUCUUUUUUUUCUUUUUUUUUUCUCAACCUUUUUCUAUCUGCACUUAAAAAAAAAUAAUUUCGGGAGUUUGCUUUCAUUAACAAUGCGACUUUUAUCAACGAACACGGUCAGUUCGCAAGAAAACAUACACACAAAGAAAAGACAUUUGGGGAAACAGUUUGGAAUUUUUUUUUUUAUUUCUCAAAUUUCGUUGUAUCAAUAAUAAUGCAAUUACUAAAAUGAAGCGAAUUUUGACAUAAAGUGUUGAUCUAUUGACUGGACUGGAGACAGGUGACUGAGCUCAUGUACUGGCUGAGUAAUUACUUGCUGGGAAAUACUUUUCUAUUGGGAACAUCUGAACGUUUUACCAGUAUAAUAAGUUGUUUGGAACCUCGGCGUAAGUCCUGGAGUUUGAUAAAACAUAGACUUACUAGAGUUAGAUGUGUAGUUAAUGUCUAUUGCAAUGGCAAGUUUAUAUAUGAUUAUGUUUUUUCUUAUGUUCUUAUGCAUGUUAUAAAUAGGUUAUGCUAUUCAGUAUCUAGGAGUAAUGUCCAUUACAUGCUUUUGUUGUUUCCCAGAAUAGUGUCCUAAUAAACAGCUGAUUUGUCAGUUAGAACUAGCUCAAGAUGUAUGUGUUUAAUCUUUUCAUAUUAUCAACAAAGAAUUUUUUUAUUUUUUUUUUACUUUGACGAAGUGUGCACUGAACAUGCUUAAAGCAUUUUAUUCUACACCUAGAACUUGAGUUUGUACCACUAGAACAUGAGAUUCUACACCCUGAGCAGUCGGGUUGAGUUUGUACCACUAGAACAUGAGUUUAUGCACAUAGAACAAGAGAUUCUACACCUUGAGCAGUUGGGUUGAGUUUGUACAACUAGAACAUGAGUUUAUGCACAUAGAACAAGAGAUUCUACACCCUGAGCAGUUGCGUUGAGUUUGUACAACUAGAA